UGACUCUCGCACGUACCAGCACGUACUCGAACAGUAUCUCAAGAGGUUUCUUAAUUUUUAUCUGUGGAUAGUGAAGUAGUGAAAUAUUAGCAAUUAUGUCCAAUGACUUACUAAAAUCGUAACCUGUUCGUGCAAUAGCAGCAGUAGACUAUCCAACUAGACAGCACUGUCAAGUAGAAUUGAACCGGAGCAUUUGCAUUGUGAGGAGUAGGUGCGACUGAUUGUCAGAUACGUAUGGAGGUUACUCCAAUUUUGACAGAUCUUUAUCAUGCCAAUUCAAUCAUUCAGUUGACAACCAUUUGACAAUUUACCCAUAACUAAGUUUAUAUCGUUUUCUAUUUCACGUAUAUGUUUGGGCUACGAUUUUAAUUGUCAUUGUAGUUUACUUUUUCUUCUCGUUAAAUUUCGGUUCUUAACAGUUUAUAUUAUAACAUACCGUGGAAAUUAUUGUUGCGUGACAACAUGAAGCUGCAUGCAGAUGUAUAUGACAAAUUGUAUUUAUACAUAACACCAGAAAAGUUCUACAUAGAACCUAUUGGGACUAAAGUAUUACUUGUAUUUGAUAGAGUGAGUCAGCAAAUUUAUACACAAGCUGGUACAGCCAGUCAGAUCCCAUCGACUGCCAGUCGUAGAAAAAUAUGGGGUAUAAUAGGAACUAUAAGGUUAUUAGCAGGCCGGUAUCUCAUAGUCAUUACAAAUGCCACAGAUAUUGGAACCAUUGCUGGACAUCAAAUUUACAAAAUAGUUGCAACAGAAAUUAUACCUUAUACAAAAUCUUCGUUGCAUCUAAGUGAAAAACAGCAACAAAAUAAUUCUAUAUAUUUAGAAAUGAUCAAAUCUGUUUUGAAUACACCAUAUUUUUAUUUUAGUUAUACAUACGACCUUAGCCAUACAAUGCAAAGACUUCAUAAUACAACACCUGAAUUCUUACAGAUGCCCCUUCACGAUAGAGCAGACCUUAGAUUUGUAUGGAAUGCUUAUCUUCUACAAGAUUUAACUUCGAGGCCAGAGCAGUACAAAUUUUGUUUGCCCAUUAUCCAUGGAUUCGUAUCGCUAAAUACGGUAACUGUAACUGGUAGUACAUCGUUCAAUUUAGGUAUCGUAUCUAGACGUAGCGUCCAUCGUGCUGGAACGAGAUUGUUUUCGCGCGGCAUAGAUUCUACUGGUAAUGUUUCUAACUAUGUAGAAACAGAACAGUUGAUCGAAUCCAAUGGGUAUCGCAUAUCUUUUGUACAAACACGUGGCUCUAUUCCAUUGUUCUGGUAUCAGGCACCAAAUUUGAAAUACAAACCUAAACCUCAGUUGAGUAAUCACGAAGAUCAUCAAACUGCUUGCGCACGGCAUUUCGAGGCUCAGAUAUUCCACUAUGGAAAACAAAUUUUGAUUAAUUUGAUCGAUCAACAUGGUCCAGAGGCGAUACUUGAAAAGGCAUACCGCAAUGUAGUACAACGAAUUAAUAAUCAGAACGUUCAGUACGAAAGUUUUGAUUUUCACGCCGAAUGCAGAAGAUUAAGAUGGGACCGAUUGAACGUUUUACUUGAUCGGCUAGCUCACGAAUUGGAACAGAUGGGUUACUUUUUCCUCGCGGAUGACGGGACGCUACUGUCCGCGCAAGAGGGUGUAUUUCGUACUAAUUGUAUCGAUUGUCUCGAUAGAACCAACGUUGUUCAAAGUAUGAUAGCAAAGAGAGUUCUUAACCAUGCGUUAUCAAAGUUGGAAAUCCUUAGGAGAAUCGAAGAUCAUCCUAGCGUCGAAGAACAUUUUAAACAGGUUUGGGCUGACAAUGCUGAUGUGAUAAGUAUCCAGUAUUCCGGUACUGGCGCAUUGAAAACAGAUUUUACGCGAACUGGGAAGCGUACUAAAUUGGGUGCUAUGAGAGACGGCUUGAAUUCUUUAACAAGAUAUUACAAAAAUAAUUUUACCGACGGAUACAGACAGGAUUCACUGGAUUUAUUCUUGGGUCGUUACAUCGUGCAAGACGGUGAAUGCACAUUGGUUCAAUGUCCUUUAGAGAGCGAAAGAAAUUGGCGUUACGCUACGUUCCCCUUGGUACUUCUUGUUGCAUCGUCGAUGCUAGUUGCUCAUAUAAUUCUCCCUUCGAGAUAUACCACUGAAAUAUUGUUGUAUAUGCUAUUUUGGGGCGCUAUGGUGGGUGGUACAUUUGCAACGAUCAUUCAUCAUGGCAAACAAUACGUAGAUAAACCAAAACUGCUCUAAAAGGUUUUCGUUUCUGAUCGCACAUAUUGUAUAGUUCUUUUAAUUCACGUCGGUGACACGUCUCGUGUUAUUUUCUUUGUUUAAACUUUUAUAUUAUCGCAAUGUUAGGUGUUAGGGGUUUAUUUCGAAAUUUUCCUAUCAAUCAUUUGCCUAUAGGAAUUCCAAUCUUGCAUAUACCUAUUGCAUUUUAUGUUCGAAAAAUCAUAUAUGCAGUUGUUGUAAUAGAUAAAAUAAGCAUAGGUGAAAUUGGGGAAACGUGUUUUUAUUGAUGUACAUACAUUUACAUUGUAGUUGAUCGUUUUUGAUUAAAUCCCUUGCAUUUCCCAUGUAAGUAAAAUAAGCUACAGGCUGCAAAGGACAUUCAUUCCUUUAAGUUAGCUUGAUCUCUUUUAAGGAUAUCGUGUAAAGUAUUGUAAAGAGCCAAGCUUUCAGUCCCCGAGCAAUAUUUGCCCGGCUAUAAAGCCAGUCCGCAUAUAGCGUUUGGUAUUUACCGUCCACGAAUGACAUGCAAUUGUCAACUGUUCGAUCUUUCGUGUUAAAAUUUUUACGUCGCAAGUGCGCGAUACAGACGGUACGUAAAAUCGAUUUGGCAUUGUAGAUAAAUUCCAACGAAAAUUAGUAAUCGAUUAAUGUUGAUAAUUUGGUUUUAAUGAAAAAUGAGGUUUAGAAUGUUACACGAUCUGCAAAACUAUUCGUAAUCUGUGAGUGCCACGAGACCUAGUCAGAAAACAGAUCUUACUUAGGCAUACGUGGACAUUGUGUGUAUUAUGACGUAGACGUACAAGUAUCGAACCAAAGUGUAGAAUGUUUUUAAAGGUGUAUUCUAUCGUAAGCCUGUAAUAAUCACGAAUUCCAACUUUGAUUAGCUUGUCUAAUGGUAACGAGAGAUAGGUAAACAUUUUAGCGAAGAAAUAUUUUGUAAUAUUUAAGAAGUGACUUUCGUACCAAGAUACCUCUUCAGUUGUUAUUCAAAAUGCAUCAAUAAAAUUAAUGUUUUCUGUCUUGCAAAUAA